AUGGCAAAGUGCGCUUUAUUGGACCCGAGAUUUAAAGCAAUGGUUUUUACUUCUCAAACAAAUCUUACAGUCGCAAGGGAACGUUUAGAAAGUGAAGUAGCCAAGUUAAUCAGUAUAGACCAAGCUCUAAAAUUGGCCCAUAAUGAUAUUGACAUGGAAGAAUCCCAUUCAAAGGUCAAACAAGAGGAAAAUUUAAUAUGGGAAGAUUUUGACAAAUUUGUUCAAACACCCAAACAGGUAGAUUCAAAAGUCAACGCUAUUUUAGAAGUAAAAUCAUAUUUAAACGGAAACUUAAUAUUCAGAAAAGAGAAUCCUCUCGACUGGUGGAAAUCUAGAGUUUCAUAA